AUGGCAGUUAAUCAUUUAAACGAAAUUAUUUCAUUAUUUCUUCAGUGGAAUGUAAAAGAACUUAGUGAUAAUGAUUUGAGUACUGGUAUUAGUAAUAAUGGGAAAACUUGUUCAGCUGAAGAAGUACGUCACACUGCACGAUUAUUAGGUUCAUCUCUUUUUCAGUUUCGAUAUAAUGAAGACAACGUAUUUCUUAUUCGAAUCGCACCCACAAUAAAUAUAUGUAAAGAUUUUCUUGCUGGUAAAUGUACUUUUAAAGCAGAAGGAUGCAAUCAACUUCAUUUAUGUCGCCGUUUCGGUUCAUGUAACACAAAAAAUUGUCAUUUUCCUCAUGAUUUUACACAUGGAAAUAAUCGACGCAUUGUUGAACAAUCAAAUUGUCAAAAUGUAAAUCCAAUACUACUUGUUCGUCUUAUUCGACUUAAUAAACAAUUGUCUCGUCGUUUGUCUAAUACUUCGGUUAUUCCUCGCGUUAUUUCAAAAACACCGAAUACGACAUCAUCGUCAGUAGAACCCAAACAAGUUCAACAAGUUUUUAAGAGAAACAAACAUUUUCGUUCAAGACGAAAAUCUCGAGGUGAUAAGUCUAAUACAGUUACUGAUGGAGAUAAUACUACUGAGUCGACAGUCGUGUCGUCAGUAUUAGACACAAAUUGUCAAAUAAAUAUCAGUUUUCCAUCAAAAUCGAUUACUUCUCAUAUCACAAUUGACGAAAUCGUAGACUUCUUAAGAUUACAAGGUGUAGCUAUCCAAAAAGUGUUUAAUGCGAAAAAAAAUGAACGUUUUCAUCAAUGUACACUUCAAUUUCAGGAGCAAAACGCCAAAUGUACAUCAGCUACAUUUGAAAAGGAAUGGGAGUCACUUAAAAUGAAAAUAUAUAUACGUGAUGAUUAUGGAAAAGAUAUUUGCCUGUUUGAUGAACAACAGACUAUUACCCUAUUCGGUUUACCUGAAGUAGUUAAAAAUGUUCAACAAUUAUUUGAAGAUAAGAAACCAAAAUAUAUUCCACCUAUUGUCAAAAACGAGCUGAACAAACCAGAGACGUCAGUACAACCGAGUCAAUCUACCAUACAUCAAGAAGAUAAGCAAAUAAAAAAACAAAUAGUUCAAACAUUCUCAAUAGCAUUCGAUGUUGAUGAACCUGGUUUUGAAAUUCUUGUCAAUCGGGACUGCAAUCAAUUAUUAAAUAUUGUUGGGUCGAAAUGUCAGUUAGAGAAACAAAUUAUUUAUCAUAAAAUUCAGAUUCAAAUACCCAAAGUAAGGGUUGAUCAUUUUAACCAUAAUACAUUGCAAAGUCAAUCGCAAGAAAAUAUUUCUGAAUCAACGAAUGAUGUUAAUAACCCUUCUGAGAACUCAAAUCUAAAUUGGUUUCUAAAAUUAUUUCAACGUAGCACAUCGAAGACACAAUCUUCAACACCUGUAAAACAGCAAAAUUCCACACCACAAGUACAAGCAACAUCAAGUGCAACUAAUAUAACUAGUAUUGCUAUUGGCAAUUCGAAGAUUAUUGUUUGUACAGGAGAUUUAACAAAGCAAGCGGUCGAUAUAAUCGUUGUUUGUUCAACAUCAGGAAUACUACGUGAUGCAAUUAUCUCUGCUGCUGGACAACAAGUAAAAACUGUCUACAAUCAACAACCAUCCAACAGUAUAUUGGGGUUUGAAACAACAGGUGGUAAUUUACCUUGUAAAAAGAUUGUGUUUCGACCAUGGAUGUGUAAUAAAAAUCAAACGCAAAACUUAAAACCAUCCAUUAUUACAUUUGUUCAAUCAGUAAUUUCAUUUGCACUUCAUCAUAAGUUAACAACAAUUGCUUUUCCAAGCAUUGGCUGUGGACAAUUAGGUUUCGAUCCGAAAUUGAUUGCUGAAUAUAUGAUUGGCGAGACCUAUGAGCAAUUCAAAAAUACAGUUCAUUCUACAUUAAUUGUUUCUUUUGUUUUACUACCUGGACAAAAAAAUGUCUAUGAUGCAUUUACUGAUCGACUCAAUAAGAUACAAAUGAUUGAUGAUAAGCCAACUAGUAUUUCUUUCGAUAAACAAAUAGUGAGAAUUAAAUUGACUGGUUCAAACAAUAGUCAAUUGAUUGAAUAUCGAAAUACAAUAAAACAAUUAGCUCAAUCAUGUUCCCUUAAACUUCAUCUAACUGAUAAAACUGAUAUGACUGAUUGGUCGCAAGACACCAUUCAAAGAUAUUAUGAUUAUUGUUUACACAGACAAGUCAUACCGAAACUCGAUCUUCAAAAUUCAACUUUGGAUUUGAUAGGUCCUAAAGAUGCGGUAACCGAUGCUGAAAAGUAUUUUUUUCAAUUAACUGCUGAAAUACUACGAAAUGCGCGUAUUCAAGUUUUAACACGUGGAUGUAUAUGGUCAGUUGAAAUAUCAUCUGGUCAAUGGGAACAAUAUCCAUUUAGAAUCAAUGAACUAAUUGAAAAUGCUCAAUUGAAAAAACUUCCAUAUAUUGAAUUUGAAAACGAAAAAUCAGAAAAAUGUCGAAUAAUUUUCUCAUCCAUGGAAGAAGAAUGUCAAAAACGAAAACGAAAAGUCUGUCGUAAACGUAUAGAUUCAACAUUACCUCAAUAUUGGGACUUAUCCGGUGAUUAUUUUAAACGAGUAGUUCUUUUAGACUCUUCUAACGAGUACAAAGAUGUUUUAAAUCGAUUUGAUUCUACAAUGAAAGGUAACUAUUCGAAAAUCAUGAAAAUUGAACGGAUUCAAAAUGAACGUUGGUACAAACAGUAUGCUGCUCAUCGUGAUGAGUUUACGCAACGCUAUACACAACCUGAUGAACGACUACUUUUUCAUGGUUGCAGCAGUGAAUCAGCUGAUAAAAUUGUACAAGAAUGCUUUAAUAGAGCAUUUGCUGGUGCUAAUGGAGUUAUGUAUGGUCAAGGAGUUUAUUUUCAUGAACAUUCAAAAUAUAGUCAUAGUUAUGCUAAAGCAAGCACAUCAAACGAACGAACUAUGUUCUUAGCUCGUGUUUUGAUUGGAAAAACAUGUCUUGGCAAUUCAUCGAUGAAAGUUCCACCUAAAAGUUUCGAUACAACUACAGAUGGUGGAUACAUUUUUGUGAUUUAUCAUGAUGCUGGAGCCUAUGGUGAAUAUCUUAUAACGUACAGAUGA